CGGAGCUGGUAGUUACAGCAAAUUGUGUGUGCGGAUAAAGCAAAUUAACCCGCUCUGGAAAUCAGGCAAUAACAAUGCUCAAGCAGACAUGGCUCUGCUGAGGCACAUCCACAGCCCAACUUGUCAGCUCCAUUGUUGCGAAAACAGACUUAAUUGAAGUGGAUGAAGAUGAAUCCUCAGCAGCAGCGGAUGGCCGCUAUAGGAACCGACAAGGAACUGAGCGACCUGCUGGACUUCAGUGCGAUGUUUUCCCCACCUGUUAAUAGUGGGAAAACCAGACCAACUACUCUAGGAAGCAGUCAGUUCAGUGGAUCAGGUAUGGAUGAACGAACAGGAGCUACAUCUUGGGGAACAAGUGGUCAGCCAAGUCCCGCAUAUGAGCCUUCAAGGGGUUUUGCAGACAGCCCUCAUUAUGGUGAUCACUUGAAUGACAGUCGAUUAGGGCCCCAUGAAGGAUUGUCCCCGACACCUUUCAUGAACUCAAAUCUGAUGGGAAAAACAUCAGAUAGGGGUCCAUUUCCACUAUAUGGCAGAGACCCAGGACUACCAGGUUGUCAAGAAAUUCGUGGCCUCGCUGCUAACCAGUCCGGUCUCCUUCGAUCAGAUAUGGGACUUGGAAGCCCUGGUCAGUUGUCAUCCUCAGGAAAACCUGGAACACCAUAUUACCCAUUUUCUUCUGCAAAUCCACGCAGAAGACCACUUAAUGACUCAUCAGCUCUUGAUCCUUUACAGACAAAGAAAGUAAGAAAGGUGCCCCCUGGUUUGCCUUCUUCUGUAUACGCACCAUCCCCAAGCUCUGAUGAUUUCAAUAGAGAAUCUCCAAGUUACCCAUCUCCUAAACCACCAAGCAGUAUGUUUGCUAGCACUUUCUUUAUGCAAGAUGGGACCCACAACUCUUCUGAUCUUUGGAAUUCAUCCAAUGGGAUGAGCCAGCCUGGUUAUGGUGGAAUGCUGGGAAGCUCCUCUUCUCACAUGUCACAGUCCAGCAGUUAUGGCAGUCUACACACACAUGACCGCUUGAGCUAUCCUCCACAUUCAGUCUCGCCUACAGAUAUAAAUGCCAGUCUUCCUCCAAUGUCUAGCUUCCAUCGCGGCAGUGCCAGUAGUUCACCUUAUGUCGCUGCCUCACAUACUCCACCCAUCAAUGGAUCAGAUAAUAUCCUGGGAAACAGAGGAAAUGGGACUGGAAGCUCACAGACGGGUGAUGCACUUGGAAAGGCACUGGCAUCUAUUUAUUCUCCUGACCAUACCAGCAGUAGUUUUCCAUCAAAUCCAUCAACACCAGUUGGAUCACCAUCACCUCUCACAGGUGCCAGUCAGUGGUCUAGGACUGGAGGACAAGCUCCAUCAUCUCCAAACUAUGAAAACUCUCUCCACUCUUUGAAAAAUCGAGUUGAGCAGCAACUUCACGAGCAUUUGCAAGAUGCAAUGUCCUUCUUAAAGGAUGUCUGUGAGCAGUCUCGAAUGGAGGAUCGCUUGGACAGACUUGAUGAUGCCAUCCAUGUUCUACGAAACCAUGCUGUGGGGCCUUCAACAAGCCUGUCAGGUGGCCAUGGAGAUAUACAUAGUUUAUUGGGGCCAUCCCAUAAUGGGCCAAUUGGAAGCCUAAAUUCAAAUUAUGGAGCAUCUAGCCUCGUAACAACCAAUCGACAAGCUUCAAUGGCUGGAACUCAUCGGGAAGAAAGUGUCAGCCUCAACAGCAACCAUUCAGUCCUGCCCAGUACAGUGUCUGCUCAGAGCACAGAACUAAAUCAUAAAACACAAGAAAAUUACAGAGGUGGCUUGCAGAGCCAGUCUGUGGCCAUAGGUCCAGCAGAAAUCAAGUCAGAACAUAAGGAGAAGGAUGAAAAUAUACACGAACCUCCCUCAUCUGAUGACAUGAAAUCAGAUGAUGAAUCCUCCCAAAAGGAUAUCAAAGUUUCAUCUAGAGGAAGAACGAGCAGUACUAAUGAAGAUGAAGACUUAAACCCAGAACAGAAGAUAGAAAGAGAGAAAGAGAGGAGAAUGGCAAAUAACGCUAGAGAACGCUUGCGUGUACGAGAUAUUAACGAGGCAUUUAAAGAACUUGGCCGUAUGUGUCAGCUUCACCUGAAGAGUGAAAAACCACAAACAAAACUGCUUAUUCUUCACCAGGCUGUGGCAGUCAUCCUCAGUCUAGAGCAACAAGUCAGAGAGAGGAACCUAAACCCCAAAGCAGCCUGCCUUAAGAGAAGGGAAGAAGAAAAAGUUUCUGCCGUAUCGGCAGAGCCACCAACACCACACCCAGGAAGCCACCCUGGGCUUAGUGAAACUACCAACCCUAUGGGUCAUAUGUGAACACCAGCCAGAAUUCCAGAAUUAUCGGUAGGAUAUAUAGAAGGUGACCUUUCUUCACAAGGACACAGACAACUAACAUUAUAUGAAG